GGGGGGGAAACACUUCCGGCGGCGCUGGAUGGAAACAGAGGGAGGGUAGGAGGCUGUCCCUGAGAGAGAGAGGGUUGGGAAAGAAUUUGCCGCCGCUUUUAUUUUUUUUGUAUAAACAUGGCACAUUGGAAUAAGUUCGAGAAGGAUUUGAAGAAGUUGAUCCAGUGCAUUAGCGGGGUCCCGGAAGAGGAUCCUGACUUCCAGAUGGCGCUGCAAUUCGUCUGGUCUAACAUCAGAUUCCAUCGGUUUCUUGAUGUAGACAGCCACAAAGUAACACGUGUGAUUGACGGAAUCCAUGAGAAGCUGAUUAUUCAUUCAGAGCUCCCUAAAGCUGUAAGCUGGCGUAGGCUAACAGAUGAAUUUCUGGAAUUGCCCCUUGAGACUGUCGAAGGAACAAAGACCAAGGAACACUAUGCAAUACUCUCCCUCUUACUGGCUCUUUCUGAUUCACCUUCUAAUUCUCAGUACACUGAGAAGGCAAGACAGAAGGAAGAGGUGCAACAUGAUGAUUUUGACUGGGGGAAAUACCUGAUGGAAGGUGAAGAAAUUGAUAUUGGGCCAUAUCCAGACACUCCAGAGUGGUCUGAAGAAGAAAGUGAAGAGGAACUCCAAGAGUCUCUGAGCAGAGAAGAUUCUGGUAUUCAAGUUGACAAAACAUCACCAGAAGAACAAGCACAAAUCAAGAAAGCAGCACCACAUGUCUCUUCGAAAGUUGGUGAGCCAGAAGUACGUUUGUGGCUGGAGCAGCAUGUGGUUUCCCAGUACUGGACAAACAAAGCAUCUAACUUUAGUCACAGCUUUCAUCUGCAUUCCAAUUUAGCUGCUGUCUGGGAGCAGCACUUGUACAAUACUGAUCCGCUGUAUUAUUCAGAUGAACGAACAUUUGUUACAGAAACCCAAGUGAUCCGAGAAACAUUGUGGUUAUUGUCUGGAGUUAAUAAACUGUUUAUGUAUACAUUGCAUGAUGGAAAGAUAUCGGUGAGAACUGACAUCAUGGUAGCUCAUCUGACCCAGAAUUGCCUUAAAGCAGUACUGGAACAGAUAGCCGCAUACGGGCAAGUUGUGUUUCGACUACAAAAGUUCAUGGAUGAAGUUAUUGGACACAGCUCUGAAAGUUGCCCACCUGGAAUCUUACCCACAUGUAAAAAGUUUACUGAGCCCCCCUUCCGGACAUACCAGUCUUUUGUGUGGGCCCUGCAUAAAUAUUUUAUGAACUUCAAGGAGGAACUUGUCAGCAUUGAAAAGUGCAUGAUAACUAAAGAUGAGACGGUGACCCUAGCAGCAGUACUUGAGAAACUAGCUCCUCGAUUGUCUCAGCUUAAGAUACUUCAUAAAGUAUUCAGUACAGGAAUAGCAGAAGUUCCACCUGAUACUCCAAAUGUAAUCAGGGCUUCUCAUCUGUUGAAUACUCUGUAUAAAGCUAUUAUUGAAUAUGACAGUGUAGGAGAAGCCGCUGAGCAGACGGUAUCACUUCUCUUUUCUUUAUGGGUAGAAACUAUAAGGCCUUAUCUAGAAAUUGUGGAUGAGUGGAUAGUACAUGGAAAUCUGUCUGACCCUGCAAAAGAAUUCAUUAUCCAAAGGAACAAGGAUGUCCCAGUGAAUCAUAGGGAUUUUUGGCAUUCUACUUGCACAUUGUACAGUGUAUCUGAAAAGACUGGGAUUAAUGAAAAUAUAGCUGAUGGUGCAGGCAGCAGUUGCAGCAUCGGUCAAGAAAACUCCAGUAAACAGCACACAAUGGUCUCCUUCCUAAAACCAGUGCUAAAGCAAAUUAUCAUGGCUGGCAAGUCAAUGCAGCUGCUUCAGAACCUGGAAAGCAAAGACAACCCAGGCCUUCCAAUGCAAAACGCUCACCGAGAUGCAGAAAGAAAGAGCUUAUAUGCGCUGUUCCUGGAGUCACUUCAGUCGCGCCUUCGGUACAGAGAGGAUACUGAAUCCUGUGAACAUACUGUUCCAGAGCAACAAGCUACUAAAGAAAGCUUGAUAAAGGUGCAGUCUAUUGUGGCUCGGCACCUUGAACUUGAAGAUGUUCACGAUCCUUUAUUGGCUAUAAAUUUUGCAAGGUUAUACAUGGAGCAAAAUGAUUUCCAUGAAAGAUUCAGCAGUGGAGAUGUUAAUGUGGAUAGGUCCUCUGAAUCAGUGACCUGCCAGACAUUCGAGUUGACACUUCGGUCAUGUUUGUAUCCUCAUAUUGAGAAACGUUACCUAGAAUGUUGUGGAAAAUUAAUGCAAACUCUAAAGACUGAUUACAAACUGGUGGAAUACCUUCAAGCCAUGAGGAAUUUCUUCCUCCUAGAGGCUGGAGAGACCAUGUAUGAUUUUUAUGUGGCUAUAUUUGAUAAAGUAAAGGAAAAAGAAUCCUGGCAACACUUGUCGUUUUUAAAUGCCCGGUUACAAGAGGCUGUUGCACAACGGUAUCCUGAUGAUAGCUCUCGGUUGUCCGUAUAUUUAGAAAAUAUUGAUAUUGUGAAAAAGAGACUUCCAGUACAUUCUAUCGAUGGUCUCACGUUGAGUUACAAGGUUCCUUGGCCUGUUGAUAUUGUUAUCAGCUCAGAAUGCCAGAAGAUUUAUAAUCAAGUGUUCAUACUUCUGUUGCAAAUUAAAUGGGCCAAAUACAGCCUGGAUGUUCUGAGAUUUGAUGAACCUGUCGAAGCUCAUGAAAAACCACAAGCAGCUCUGUUUGAAAAUUCCAAUUCAUCGUUUAAAGCACUGAAGUCGCCUGUUGGACAGCAAAUUCAUAGGAUGUUUCUGCUUAGAGUUAAACUCAUGCACUUUGUCAACAGCCUGCAUAACUACAUAAUGACUAGGAUAUUGCAUAGCACAGGUCUGGAGUUUCAGCACCAAAUUGAGGAAGCUAAGGAUUUGGACCAGCUGAUAAAAAUUCAUUAUAGGUACCUGUCCACAAUCUAUGACCGUUGUUUACUUCGGGAAAAGAUAAGCUUUGUGAAGGAAGCAAUCAUGAAAGUUUUGAAUCUGGUGCUUAUGUUUGCAGAUCGUUGGCAGACUGGUUUAGGAGUUUCAAAAAUGGAAUCCAUUGAGAAGAUGGAAUCAGACUUCAAAAACUGCCACAUGUUUCUGGUAACAGUGCUAAACAAAGCUGUUUGUAGAGGAUCAUUUCCUCAUUUGGAAUCCUUGGCAUCAUCCCUAAUGGCAGGAAUGGAACAAAGCUAACAGUGAACAUCAUGAAGACACCUGGAAAAAUCACUGCACCAAGAACAUCAGCAUAACAAAAUGCAUAACACCUAAACUAAUCGUGGAACCCAUUUUAUUGGGCUCAUCAAGACUUGCAAAUUGUUGUCUUUGGUCGCAGGAAGGUGCACAAAAUCAUCACCUAGCUGUGGUGCUGGUCAAAAAUUACUCAGCAACUGGUGUCCAAGUAGUUGCAUAAGCCAAAAGAUGUUUAUUGCAGAACUUAAGUGUUCAGUCGCCAGCUAAACAUUUGUUUCUGUUAAUGGGAUGGCUGCCAAUUGUUGUAGACGGUAUUAAUUUUAAAAACUGAAGAUGCUGAUCAUUCUAUUGUUUUCAGUAAGAAUCAUGUAGUCUCAGUGAGACAAGUUUCUAUUUUGUUGUCUGUAAACAUCCAAUCUAAAGAAACAUAAUUGCUUUUUGGCAUCUUUUAGUAGACCCAAUGUAAAAUUAACCCAUAAAACUGUCAUGUCAGGAAUUAAUCAAAUUAACAGUUUUGUUGUGGUCCUAGCACAAAACUGUGUAGGUGUGUUUUCUUUCAUUUCUCAGAAGGAAAAAGGACUAUUCAAUGUAUAAGUAACUCCAUAUCUAAGACUUGAACAAUAAUUUAAUAACUUAUUUUGGACUCAACAUUAAAUUGCUUAUUUCAUCUGGAGUCCAGAUCGUAGGGCCCAGGAAGCUAAAAUUGGGAGUAAACAAAUUAUAUAUCUUUUUUAUUUGUCAAUUUGUCAACAGAAAAAGUUGAAUGACCUGAGAUUACACAUACAUUCACCAAAACUUGGCAAUUUUCCAUUACAUGCACUAUCUCAGCUGUUUACACUUGCACAAAGACUGAUUUGUCAGUCCUAAAGGAAGUGGAACUAGUCAGCCUUCGAGAGAAUUAAGAAAAUGCAACAUUGAUACUGGACCAGGGUUAUAUUAGAUCUUGACUGGAAUAAAUUGCUUUGUUGCAAAGUAGUCUUCUACAGUCA